AUGGCAUCCCCAGUGUUGCUCCCUCGUGGGCCUCAACCUACAGAACGUCCCGAGCGGGUCCAUCCGCGGUUCGGUCUAUGCCUCAUCAUAAUCAUCCAGACGGAGGCACUCCCCUUGGCUGAGCAAUAUCCUCCAACUCAGUAUUCUACUACAGAGAUGGUCUUGGCGGAAUUUGGUCCGAGGUAUGCUGAUCUGAGUAAGCGAGAGCUUUUGAGGAUCAUCAGGCGUCACGCUCCUGAUGCCUUCCUCGAGGAGUACAAUCUUAAGGGGCAGAUCUACAAUGCUAUCAAGUCACGAUCCCAUACCCAGUUCGUACAACUUGCUGAACAGUUGAUGAAGAAUUAUAUAGUCUAUUGUGGUUUCCAGAACGGAGCUAGUUCACCGACUGAUCCGCAGGUUGCCGCUACUUCCGCUUCAAUUGUUGCUAAGAUGGGCGACUCUGCUGGAGGUUCAGGAGUAGCUGCCCAGGCUGCAAGAGGAAGCGAGGCUAGAGGCGAUGGGCUUACUACACAGAUACGUACGUAG